GUGUAACAAUAAUAAACAGUAUAUUGUAAUAGGUACCUAUUAUGAUUUGUGUUCAAUAUGGUUGUUGCUUUUCACAAUAACAAUAAUAAUAAUAAUAUCGUUAUCUGCGUGUAAAGCGGCGCAUUCGUGAUAACUGCACCGUGCAAUGUGCAUUCGUUUAACGCGGCUCUUACUACACAUGACGGUCGAUCGGUCGAAGCGAGAUCAAUAGGCAGCUGUUGCAGUUAAACUUGCACAGUAUUGCACUGUAAAAUACUUUUGUAAGGUUUCCUAAAGUCUAUUCGGCCCCUCUUUGUUUUCCGUUUCUAGACUUCGCAUUAGCACUACGAUCGGUGUCGUGUUUAGUUGGCCCGGAGUUUUUGUGCACCGCAAUCAUGAAUAAACAAUUAGAUCAGCUCACGGACGUGUUCAUAUCGGAUGAGGUGUUGUUGAUGUGCCACAACUUAGCGCUGCUCACGGAAAAGGAAGAGGUCGCUGCUCUGCUCAUUGGCCAGAAAAUAAUACACGAGAAUGGGACUACUGUGUCCGUGUCGGCGCUGUCGAUACCGCCUCGGGGAGAGAUAAAAAAGGACCGAGUAGAAAUCAUGUCCGAAGACUUGGUAAACGCUAUGGAAGAUGCCAAACACUUUUCCCGCAUCAAAGGUGCUAACUUGAAUGUCAUUGGCUGGUAUCAUUCACAUCCUCACAUAACUGUAUGGCCUUCUAAUGUCGAUUUACAAACUCAACUAAACUUACAAAAUAUGGAUUCAUGUUUUAUCGGUAUAAUUUGUUCAUCAUAUAAUACAGACACUACAACAAUGAUGAAAGAAAUGAAAACAGUAUGCUUUCAAGCAAAACAAAUAAAUGGUAUGGUGCACAGAAUAGAUGUUAAAUUUCAGGUUGCACCUACAACCUGCACCAGUCAAUUGUCAUUUGGAGUAAUUGUAAAGCAUAUUGAAACAUUGUAUGACGAACUUAUAAAAAAUUAUAAUGAAGCAAAUGAAGGUGAUAUAAGUCCAAUGGCUCAGCUUCAUAAUGAUUCAGUAUAUACGUUAUCUGGAAUACAUAUGUUGGAAACAGUGGCUAAACCUAUGCUGCAAAUGUUAGAAAUACAACGUGAAAGUUCAACUAAAAGAAUUCUAAGUCUUCAAUCAAAACUAGAACAGCUGUCAUUAGGUAUUAAUGAUGAACCAUAUUGUGACGGUACAAACAAAAAUUAUGAUGAUCAAGAAAAUAGUGAUGAUUCCUCUGAAGGCUUGAUCACUUCAGUACUAACAAAAAAUCAACCCAAAGAUAAGAAGAGUGCGAAAAAGUCUAGUAUGGUCUCCUCUCCUGUGUAAAUUCAUGAAUAAUGAGUAUCUUACUAUAUUUAUUUUAUUAUUACUUGUCAUUUUUUUUAAAUAUAAUGUAUAUUGUUUAAUGUAUAUAAAGAAAAUUUUGUUUAAA